UCAGUCCGCAGUCUUCGGUUUUGCCAAGUAAACGUGCUUCUUAUACGCGCUGUUUGUACUAUUUUCCCCAUAUACGCAAAUACAUACACCCAUCCAAUGCGUGUGUCGGCGCGCGGCAGCGAAAAAUGUACAAUAAAUAAUGCAAAUAAAAACGUUAAGCAUUGCCACAGCUAAAUGCAAAUAGACGCAAUAAUAAUUAUGUCGUCUCAAUGCGACAACAAUUGAAAAAAGCUUGCAGCGUCUAAUGAAGUGUACUCAACUAUGUGCAAUUAGUUAUUAUAAUUAAUAAAAACCAACGUUAGUAAAAGCCAGCGAUAAUAAUAAAAUAAUAAUAAUAUUAUAGGACGAGAAGGCUCGGUCAGUCGACAAACAUUUUUUGAAUGAUAUCGAUUUUCCGUUACAUCGUUAUACACACACUCUGACCGAGUUUACACAUUACGCCGCGCGCAAGCACACGCCCCUCUUGAAGCCACAGACCACAGGCCACACACCCAACCACCCCGCGCACACACACACCCAGCAGGUGUUGGGGAGGGGGUGCUCGUCUUUGUCUUUCUCGAUGUGUGUGUGUGCCUGGUCCGUUAAAGCACAGUGACAGUGGGCGAUGUUUAAUUGUUGCUUGUCGGUGGAAACUCUGCUUUGAAAGCCCACAAAAGGUUUUCCGCACAUCAGCACAUACAUACAUACAUCGCAGUACAUCGUAUCGCAAUAAGAAGCAUGUUUUAUUUGGCACUAAUUAAAUAGGGACGGACAAACAUUUCAGGAACACAAUUGUAAAUAGCAUCAUCAGAGAACCUCAGAACGACAACAGCGGCGACAGCGGCGACAACAACGCAAUCUUUGCUAACGGUCAUCAAGUUGAGCUCAGCUAAGGUGUGUGUGUGUGUGCGUGUGCGUGAGUGUGUGUGAGUGCCAAGAUGGCAGGACAAAGGCAACUGAUUGUCCACUACACGCAUACAGCGGGCGCCAUUGGAUGUCUGCUGUUGUUUUUGGUCCAGACACUCGCCCAGGGCACACCGCAACAAGUGUGCCCAGAGCAGGGCGAUAUCUCGCCCUGUAUAUGCACGGUGAAGAAGAACGGACUCGAUAUACUGUGCGAGGCCACGGAUCUGGUGCAUAUUACCAAAUCGAUGGGCACGCUGAAGGGCAAAAGUCCGAUCAUAUUUUAUUUGAAGCUCCGCCACAAUAAUCUGCCCAAGCUGCAGGGAUUCGUAUUUCUGGCUCUGGACAUACGCCAUUUAACAAUACACAACAGCAGCCUGGCGGCCAUCGAGGAGAACGCACUGAGUUCGCUGGGCAAUGGACUCACACAGCUGGACGUAUCACUGAAUCAGAUGAAAACUGUGCCGUCGCAGGCGCUGCAACAUCUGUAUCACUUGUUAAUUUUGAACUUGAAUCACAAUAAAAUCACCGUCAUACAUAACAAUGCUUUCGAAGGGCUGGACACCCUGGAGAUACUUACGCUCUAUGAGAACAAAAUAACACAGAUCGAUCCGGAAGCAUUCCGCGGCCUGGAGAAAAAACUAAAGCGUUUGAAUCUGGGUGGCAACGAUCUAUCGAAUGUGCCACAAAAGUCGCUCUCCAUAUUGGAUACAUUGAAGAAACUCGAGAUACAGGAGAACAAGAUACGUACGAUCAGUGAGGGUGAUUUUGAAGGUCUACAGAAUUUGGAUUCUUUGAUAUUAGCACAUAAUAUGAUCACAACCGUGCCUGCAAAUGUAUUCUCCCACUUAAUCCUACUCAACUCGCUGGAACUGGAGGGCAAUAAGAUCAGCGUAAUUGAUAAGGAUGCGUUUAGGGGUCUUGAGGAGAAUCUACAGUACUUGCGUCUGGGCGAUAAUAAUAUUAAUGCCAUACCCAGUGAGGCACUGCGUCCGUUGCAUCGUCUACGCCAUUUAGAUUUGCGGAACAACAACAUCAAUGUGCUGGCCGAUGAUGCUUUUACCGGAUACGGCGAUUCGCUGACGUUUCUCAAUCUGCAGAAGAAUGACAUCAAAGUUCUGCCCAGCACUCUAUUCGAGAAUCUCAACUCGCUGGAAACGUUGAAUCUGCAGAAUAACAAGUUGCAGCGAAUACCGCAGGAUACAAUGGAACCAGUCAUCGAUACGUUACGCAUAAUUGACAUCACUGACAAUCCGUUGAACUGUUCGUGCGAAUUGUCCUGGUUCCCCAAGCUGUUGGAGGAUCUGAAGAACAAGGACGAUGAAAUGUCACAAAAGAAGAAGCCAUUGUGCCACAUGUCGCUGGAUAAUCGCGAGUACUUUGUGCAAGCGAUGCCCACCGAGAAGAUGCACUGCGCUGGCCUCAAUGUGAGUCCCUCACCCACCAGCGGCGGUCUCAUGCGGAUACUGCAAGUGAACAUUUUGGCCCAAAUAGCCAUGUGUAGCGUGGCAUUUCUGAGUAGCGUUUAAUAUGCAACUCCAAGCAGCAUACGCAAUCGUAUCAAUUGCAUUCACAUCCGUUUUUCCGUUAAGUUAUCCAUAUACAUGUAUAUAUAUUUACACAUAUAUAUAUAUAUAUAUAUAUGUGUAUAUAUAUACACACAUUAUUGUAUGUGGGUGUUCAUGAUGGAUCAUCAUCAUCAGACAUAGACGAAGUGAUACUUAUGCCCCCUAAAAAACCAAAACCAAAACCAAAACCAAAAUACCAAAAACCACUUUUGUACGCCUACAAACCAUUUCUGUGUUGUUGUAUUGUAUUUUUUAUUAUAGAUUAUAGUGAAUCCGUGAAUUAUGCAACUCUGGCAAUUGUUAGACUCAAUAUGCACGCAACCAACAGCAACAACAGCCCACAAAAAACAAGCUGCAAUAUCACCCGCAAGUGCCCCAUCGAAACUGAAUACCCAAAAUGCAAAUGAUACACACCCACCUUGUUGUAUUGAUAUUAUAUUGAUGCCAAUAUGUCAUAAAUCGCGAGAGAAAAACAAAAACAGAAAUGAAGUAAAGAAGUAAAGAUAAACAAAUCAUGAAUUCCAUAAACAACACACAAAACAUUUACGCACUGUGGACAGUAGCCCGACAUCGUUGCUAGGCAGAACCUAGGCAGAACCGUUAAAUCGACCGACAAAAAUCGAUCAUUAAUUGUUAACGGUAUAAAUCGUGUUAUCGAUAGGCAUUAUAAACGUAGCUUAGAGUUAAGUGAACAAUUUAGAGAUUCAAAUUUGAAUGCAAACAAAAGCAAACCGAAACAUAUCAGAAAACGUGAAUUGUUACAAGUUAAGCGAUAUUAUUAUUAUCAUUAUUAUUAUUAUUAUUAUAAUUAUAGAACUUUAAGAGCAAGAGUUUAACUACUUACACAUACUACUAUCAAAUUUUGUGUGUAUUGUGUAUAUCUAUGUACCUAUUUAGUAGUACUAUGUGUCGUCGUCGUCUUGUCGUCGCUGUUGUGAGAUACAAUCAUUAUAAACGAUUUUCUUUGUGGUUUUAUCUAUUUGACCUUUUCUAUUCAAGUUUUUCCAAGCAGCAUAUCAAAAAGCAUGCAACCUAGUCGAAAUUUUUGCAAUAUUUAUCGAUUAUUUACCAAAGAAAUACUAAUGCUAUUUAUAUAUGUAUCUACCUAAAACGAAAAAAAAAAACCCAAAAAGAAAAAGCAAAAAAAAAGUAAUAUAAAAUUAAAAACGAAAUUGUACGCGUUCGAAUGGGAGAAGAAUAACAUUUGCAUCAAUCACCAAGAACUGAUUAUGAAAUAAGUAGUUUGUACUCUUUAUAUGCAAGCAGAAGAGAGAAGCAUGAAGCAAGAAGCGGAUAGGCGGAUAAGUUGCAGCGUCCGCAUAUACACGAUAUCAAUUAUUAUAUACAUAAUCGUUAUAUAUUAUACAUAUACAAUACUAUAUAUUGUAAUAUCACAACAUAUCGCAAAAUGCAACAACAACUAAAAAAAAAUACAAAAAUAAUUUUUUACAAUUACUUUUGAGCAUGUGCAACAAUUUAAAAAAAAAAACACACACACACAAUUUGUGAAAUUGUUUUCUUGUUUUGUUUUUGAUGUUUGUAUGUUUCUAUGUACCUCUAUUGAAUUGUAUUUGAACUAAGUUAUACAUAUAUACAUAUUAUAUAUAUAUAUACAUAUACCUGUUUCGUACUAAGUAUCGUGCAUAAGCUAUUUUGUAUUUACAUUUUACUAACUAAAAAGUUGUUUUCUUGGGCAGAGUUCGCCAGUUCGGUUGGGUCAGUUAGCCGUUAGCUGGCGUCCAUGCCCGAAAGCAAACAUUCAAAAUAAUUUCAAAAAAAUACUCGAAAUAUUUUCAAAAGAAUGCGCUGCAGCCCAACUCGGGUCAGUUGGCGGCAACAGCUGUUCUUUUCAAAAUAUUACCACAAAAAACAAAAGCAAACCGAAUCCGAAUCCAUGGAGCAGUUCCGUUGUCUUCGUUGUGGAACACAGAGUGUGUAGUGUUUAUCCAUGCAUACUAUGUGUUCCCAAUUGAGCCAAUUAUAAAGAAUAAAAAAUCAUAUUGGUUACUAACACACA